AUGAAUAUAGGAGUUUAUACUGGAUAUAGUUCGUUGUCUAUCGCUGAAGUAUUGCCACCAGAUGGACGUGUAUUAGCCUUGGAUAUUACAGAUGAAUAUUUGAAAGAGUAUUGUUUGCCAGCAUGGAAGAUGGCAGGUGUAGAAUCGAAAAUUGACUUUCGACACGGUCCAGCUAUUCAAACACUACAGAAUUUGAUUGAUAAUGGAGAGAGUGAAACAUUCGAUUUUGCCAUGAUUGAUGCUGAUAAAGAAAACUAUAGUAAUUAUUACAAAUUAUGUUUAAAACUAGUUCGACCCCGUGGAAUCAUCGCCAUUAACAAUGUUCUACGGAGGCACCGUGUGCUCGGCUCUAAUGAUAACUGUCCUGAAACUCUUGGUAUAAGAGAAAUGAAUGAAUUGAUAGCUGGAGAUAAUUGUGUUCGAGUUUCUUUCUUAGGAACUGGAGAUGGAUUGACAAUUGUUGUGAAGAAAUGA